AAGAUGGAGGACUGGCGAGAGCGAAAUAUGGACAUGUAUUGAAUUUUUUGUAGAUCCUAGGAUUUCGUUUUCUUCCUUUUUCCAUACUUAUGGAGGAACUUUUAGGAGCCGAUCAUGCCUAGAAAGGGGAACGGGCAGUUGCCGCUCCCGGACGGCUGGGAAGAGGCGAGGGAUUACGAUGGCAAAGUGUUUUAUAUCGACCAUAAUACUAAGCAAACCAGCUGGAUCGACCCAAGAGACAGGCUAACGAAGCCCCUGUCGUUUGCGGACUGUGUAGGAGACGAGCUGCCAUGGGGCUGGGAGGCUGCGUACGACCCGCAAAUUGGCAUCUACUACAUCGACCACAUCAACAAGACCACGCAGCUGGAGGACCCGCGGAAGGAGUGGCGGAAGGAGCAGGAGCGCAUGCUGAAGGACUACCUGACGGUGGCACAGGACGCUCUCAGCACGCAGAAGGAGCUCUACCAGGUGAAGGAGCAACGGCUGGCACUGGCGUUGGACGAGUACGUGCGCCUCAACGACGCCUACAAGGAGAAGUCCAGCUCCCGGACCAGCUUGUUCUCAGGAUCCUCAUCCAGUACCAAGUACGACCCUGACAUCUUAAAAGCAGAAAUAUCAACCACAAAAGUCAGAGUAAAUAAGCUGAAGAGAGAGCUCUCGCAAAUGAAGCAAGAACUUUUGUACAAAGAGCAAGGCUUUGAAACCUUGCAACAAAUUGACCAAAAAAUGUCUGGUGGCCAGAGUGGCUACAAGCUGAAGGAGGCCAAGGCCAUUGUGAGCGAGCUGAAGUCCAUUCGGAAGGCCAUUAGCUCCGGGGAGAAGGAGAAGCAGGAUCUCAUGCAGAGUCUGGCUAAGCUGCGGGAGAGGUUCCACUCGGACCACGGCAUGGGUCGCUCAGAACCGGACCUGCGGCACCCUUCGGGCUCACAACUCCUGCUCUGUCGACAGACGCUGGAUGCCGGGUCGCAGACCGAUGUUUCGGGAGAGGCCGGUUUGAGGAGCAGGUCCACCCUGGCCGAGAGGGUCAGGCUGAGCCUCCAGUACGAAGAGGCCAAGAGGAGCAUGGCCAACGUGAAGAUCGAGCUGGCGAAGCUGGACGCCGAGGCGUGGCCCGGCGCGCUGGACGUGGAGCGCGAGCGCCUCAUGCUCAUCAGCGAGAAGGAGGAGCUGCUGAAGGAGCUGCAGUUCGUCACGCCGCGCCGCCGCACGCCCGGCGAGCUGGAGCGCCUGGAGGCCGAGAGGCUCCGUCUGGAGGAGGACCUGCUGUCCGUCAAGAGCACCCCCAGCCAGGCGCUGGCCCAGAGGUUGAAGGUCCAGGAGAGGAGGCGGGUUCUGCUGCAGAGGCUGGAGGAGUCCACCCGGCUGGCCACCGCCCUGCACUCGCAGCUGAAAAGCCUGUCCGCCAGCACGCUGUCGGUGUCCUCCGGCAGCAGCCUGGGCUCCCUGGCGUCCAGCCGCGGGUCCCUGAACGCCUCCAGCCGCGGCUCGCUCAACUCACUCAGCUCGGGCGACCUGUACUACGGCCAGGCCGAGCAGCCCCUGGACCUGGACUACCAGUACAAGCUGGACCUGCUGCUGCAAGAGAAGCCGGCCUACGCGCCCUCCACCAUCACCACCAUCCAUGAGAACGAGGUGGCCCGUUCGCCGGGGGCGGGAGCGGCCGGGGCGGCGGGGGCAGCCCAGCAGGCCGACGGGGGCCCCCCCGCGCAGGCGCGGCCGGCCGAGCCCCCCAAGUCAGUGGCGUCGCUGUCCUCGCGCUCCUCACUGUCCUCGCUCUCGCCGCCGGGCUCGCCGCUGGUCUUGGAGGGCGCCUUCCCGCCACCUGCCCACGACCUGGUCGCUGACUUCGGGGAGGGCGAUGCGGCCGGCGACUUCGCGGGACUGACUUUCUACGACAACCAAAUCUUGCUGGAUUCCGAGCCCGGGGACAAGGAGCUUGGCGACGGGGUGCGGCGGGGAACCCUGGCGACGCUCCGCGAGGGAAUGUCAGAUGCAGACCUGUCGAGACGGCCGCCGGGAUGCCUGCUGGAGGAGAAGCCGGCCUGCGUGUCGGCCGCGGUGUCCGACGAGUCGGUGGCGGGCGACAGCGGGGUGUACGAGGCAUCCCUCAAACGGUCCAACGAGGCGGAAGACCAGGUGUAUAUCGAGGACGAGCCGGGUGUCUCAGAGGCGGCCCAGGUUCAGAUGGGGUUCAAGUAUGACUCGGCCAACGGCAGUUUCGUCGUGGUCGUCAUGCAGCUGCAGAACCAGGCUGCCCUGCUGGUCCCAGCCGGCACCAAAGUGUACGUGCGCGUGGCCCUCCUGCCCUCCUCCAGCGACGUUAGCAGCCUGUUCCGCACCCGGCCCCAGACGCCGGCCGAGGGCGCCCCGCUCAACGAGGUCUUCCGGGUGGCCGUCUCCCAGGCGACGCUGAGGCAGAAGACCCUGCGGGUGGACGUGUGCGCCGUCAGCUCGUCUCGGAGGGAGCAGUGUCUGGCCGGAGCUCACAUCAGCCUGGCCGACCUCCCGCUGUCUGCCGACCUCUCCAGCCACUGGUACAACCUGCUGGCCUGCAAGAGGAGCAAGGACCCCGAGGAGGAGCGCCCCGCCGUGGCCCCCGAGCAGCCCCCCAGCGGAGGGGUGGACCUGGACGCAGUGUCGGCCUUGCUGGAGCGGACCUCCACAGAGUUGGAGGCGGUGGAGCAGGAGCUGGCCCAAGAGGAGAGGGACAGUCAGCUGGAAAUGGGGGAAGAAUGGCUGCAGAUGCUGGGAGAGAACAGCGCGGAGCUCAUCAUGGGAGUGGAGGAGGAAGAGGAGGAGGAUGAGGAAGAGGCGGAGGGGAAAGCGACCAGGGAGGCGGAGGAAUGCACCCGCUGCGACAGUCGUUACAGAGAGGAGGAGGAGGAGGAGGAGGAAGAUGGAGACGAACGGGUGGAGAAGGAGGAAGAGGAGGAGGAAGAGGAGAGGAAGGACGAAGCGAUCUCUUCACAGCCAGCUGAAGGACCAACACUGGUGGACAAAGAGACGAACACGGACGACGCGGUGGUCCCCGAGAACGUGGCGGUGCGGCCCAAAGACCGGAACAACCUGGGCUCCAGGCAGCGGGUGUUCGUGCGCAACAGCAUGGUGAUGCGCUCGCAGACCUUCUCCCCGGGAGAGCGCAACCAGUACAUCUGCAGGUUGAACAGAAGCGACAGCGACAGCUCGACUUUAUCCAAGAAGUCCCCGUUCGUGCGAAACGCGUCAGAGAGACGGAGCCUGAGGGUGAAACGGACCAUCUGUCAGCCCGUGGUGCGGCGGGCGGCGCCGGAGCACCCGGCCCGGACCUCUCUGGACCUGGAGCUGGACCUCCAGGCAUCGCGGACCCGGCAGAGCCGCCUGGAUGACGAGCUGCAGGCGCUGCGGGGGCUGAAGGAGCGGCUGGAGGCCCUGAAGGCCCGGGGCGAGACCGAGCUGCCGCCCGGCGUGCUGGAGGACGAGCGCUUCCGCAAGCUGCUGAGGCAGGCCGAGAAGCAGGCGGAGCAGUCGAAGGAGGAGCAGAAGCAGGGUCUGAAAGCGGAGAAGCUGAUGAGGAAGGCCUCCAAGGACGUGUGCCGCCUGCGGGAGCAGAGCCAGAAGGUUCCGCUGCAGGUCCAGUCUUUCAGGGAGAAGAUGGCCUAUUUCACAAGAGCCAAGAUAAAUAUACCCUCACUUCCAGCUGACGAUGUAUGAUCAUGUUUUAUAGAAAAUAAUGAAGUAUUUUUCCAACUUUUUAGCAGAGUAUUUUAAUAGAGUAGCCACUUGAAUAAAAUGAAAAUGAACAAAAAAAUAUUCAAUAGUUUUACACCAUAGGGGUUACGCAUUUGUACAAUAUGUUGUAAUUGAAUACUGUCAUGUAAAAAAAAAACAAAUGGCUUUCUUUUUUUCAGAGAAAACCAAAGUAGAGUAAUUCUGGUACACGUAUGUGCUGAUCAUGCUUCUGUACAGUUUGUGUAUACAUGGCAUGGUUUUUGUAAAGUUGGGGCGCUGAAACGAAAUGGGACAGCUCCACUGCUUGUCUGUGUGGUUUUGUCUCCCCCUGGUGUCCCGCACGGGGACUGCGGGUGGGGGGGGGCGAUUCUCAGUGUUAAAAGUGUGGCGUGAGCAAAGGAUGAACGGACCUGUGAAGCUUUUCCUCCUUUGCUCAUACCGUAGUUGCCCCCCCGCCGCGCCCGAGUCAGAACAAACAAACCUUGUGAAUGUAUGCUCUUUUCCUCAUUUUUUUUUUUAGUUUUGUUUUGUUACUGCACUGAAUUGCAUUCUGAUUACUGUUUAUACUUUUUGUUUUUUUUGAUAUUUUGCACCUUCAACACAAGCGCCACAACUUAGUCAGUAUUCUCUCAUUGUAAUCACAAUGCCUUCCACAUUUACAUAAAUCCCAUCAAAUGAAAUGGCAAGUCAUGUUAGCCAGCGCCGAAAGAAUCUUGUUUAUUCAAGGGAGAGAGAGAAAAAAAAAAAACCUCUUAUCUACUGUGUAGCAUAGCAGGUUCAUGGAAAUGCCUUCUUUUUAUAGAUAAUAUGCCUUAAAGGUUUUCAGACUAAAGAAGCAAUCAAACAGAAUGCAUAUAUAGCACGGGUGGCUGAAAUGUGUGUGUAAACCCGACCAAUGCCAAAUGAAGGAUUUCGGCUUUGCAAUGCGAAGCGCGGGUGGCGUUGUCAAAAAAAAGGUGUAAAAUGCGUAUUAGUAUUGUCAGCAUAGUCAUAUUUAUUUUUCUCUUGUGGUUUAUCUGUCCUCGCUCUAAUACUGGUGGUGGCGGCGCGCGACCAAGAUCAGACCCUUCCCACUCGCGCGCCCGAGAGCAUCGUCACGACAGGUUUGGGAAGGAGUCCCUCCUGUCCUCCUUUAAAAAAAAAAAGAAAAAAAAAACAAAAACUGUUCUCUCUUUAUCAGUGCUGUCUGAAUGAGGAACAAUAUCUGACCUCCAGUCAGUCCAUAUCGACUAUUAUUUUUAAGUUCUAUUCAUUUUUUUCCUUUUUUAAUUUUAAACUAGCUGAACAAGCACUAUUUAUACACAUCUAAUCUGCCUCAAAUGGCUAAACGCUACAGAACAAAAAUAAUUAUUCCAAUUGCAAGAGGAGCAUCAGAGUAUUUUCAUAAAUGACCCUCCGAUCAACAAAUUAAAACCAGUAGAUCAAACAAGGCAACUUACUGAUGUCUCCACACGAACUGACAAUGGUGUUUAUCUGUGGAGGAAUAUUUUGGAUGCUAGCCACAGGAUCAAUGCUGUGGGCAGACACGGUAAAGGGCAGGAAUGUAUGGUUUGCAUGUGAGAACACUAUUCCAAUCCAUAAUAAUGUGCAGUAGGCUUUCCGUCACAGUGCAUCUAAUUAAGCUUAUGUCAAGUGAAUUAUUUGCUCAGUAAAUGAAUAUUUAACAGAGGAGAAUGAAAUGAAGGUUGCUGUUUCAGUU